AUGUUGAAAGUCGUUGGUGCAUCGUGGCAAAAAACGCGGAUAGGGACCUACAUCCUUAUCGGAGCUGGUCUGCUAGUUAUAGGAGCCUUUUUCAUCGGGUAUAUGGAACGUCCUGAGUUCGAUGGAACUUACUGUGCCACCGCCCUCUGGACGAGGCGAUCUGGCUUUCAGAUCGAGUACUGGAAGCAACAGAACGAUCUGGUUAACAUUCCCACAGGUGUGGCGAGGAUUUGCUACAAGGAUUCCGUCUACGAGAAUGGAUGGGCACAAAUCGAGGUGGAAACGCAGCGUAACUACGAGGAUUGGGUUCAGGCCUACGCGGCUGGAAAACUAGAGGGUUCUCUGACCUGGUACAACAUCUACAACCAGUGGUCCAAUACCAUUUCCACCUCUUGCGAGCGGGACGAAAGCUCCAAGAACUUCUGCGAGUGGCUGCGAAAAUUGCUGAAGAGCAAUUUUGAGCGCCUGAAGGCAAAGGCGGCCGUCAAGGCCAAGGUCGAUCACUACUGGCACCAGUUGAACCUGUUUGUCACCCAACUGGAGGGCCUGGCCGAUGGCUACGUUCAAGGAGCCAUUCGGGCACGUUCGGAACUGGAGGAGGAGAUCAAACUGGAAGACUUUCUGAUGAUGAACGCGGCGGCGGAUAUCCAGGACUUGAAGAUCUACUAUGAGAACUAUGUGCUGCCCAAUGGUACGGUGGGUGAGGACGCGGGCCCGGAUCAGCCAAAGAACUUCUUCCUGCCCAGCGCUUCCAUGCUGACGAGGAUCGUGCCCCAGGAGAAUUCGCCACAGACACUGCAGCUACUGUUCGGACACAGCACCGCCGGGAGCUACUCAUCCAUGUUGAGGAUCCAGAAGCGCUAUCAGUUCCACUAUCACUUCUCGCCAAACCAGAGGAGCAACUCCAUUCCGGGAGUGGACAUCACCUUCACCAGCUACCCGGGCAUCCUGGGAUCCACCGAUGACUUCUACGUGGUCAAGGGCAGGCAUGUCCAGGCCAUUGUCGGAGGUGUGGGCAUAAAGAACGACAACUUGCAGCUCUGGAAGUCGGUGGACCCCAAGGCUAUGGUGCCCCUGGUGGCUCGAGUGAUGGCUGCCAAUCGGAUUUCCCAGACGCGGCAGACUUGGGCCAAUGCCAUGGCCAAGCAUCCGGUAACGGGAGCCAAGCAGUGGAUCACCGUGGAUCUGAAGAAGCUGGGAGUCCAGGAUAACCUGUACAAUGUCCUGGAGGGCGAUGAUAAGCACGACGAUGCAGCCGUGGUGCUGAAUGAGAAGGACAGGGCUGCCAUUCUGGAGCGCCACAAUCAGCUCAAGGACAUGGUGUGGAUUGCCGAGCAGUUGCCGGGAACUAUGACCCGCAAGGAUGUGACCCAUGGAUUCCUGGUUUCCGGCAACUCGUCUUGGCUGGCCAACGGAGUGCCUUACCACCAGAAUGUCCUGGAAGCGAGCGGUGUGAGCUACAGCGAGGAUCAGAGGUUGACGGCGGCGGACGAGAAGGAGCUGACGACCCUCGAGGCGGUGGACAAAUACCUGAGGACCCACGGCUUCCGCGGUGAUCUCCUGGGCGGCGAGGAGUCAAUCGCCUAUGGCAACAUCGAUCUGAAACUCUUCUCCUACAAUGCCCGCCUCGGGAUGAGUGACUACCAUGCUUUCGCAGGACCCAUAUUCCUGAGACUGCAGCAUGUCCAACCACGGGCGGUGGAGGAUCAGAGCAGCGGGGAAGUCGUCCGAAAGGAUGGAAGUGCGCCCUCCUCGAUUGGCGACGAAAGGCUGAGUGUGAGCAUCGAGGAUGCGGCCAGUCUGGCGGAGAUGGAGCUCAUCACCGAGAGACGUCCCGUUCGAAACGAUAUGAGGGCCAUUGCCAUGGCGCGAAUCGGAGCAGGGCCCUUCAAGUGGUCCCAAAUGGAGGAGGGAGGCGGCCACAUGGGCCACCCCGAUGAGUGGAACUUUGACCAGGUCUCGCCCAAGUGGGCGUGGUAGGGCCAGUGGAUCACAAAACCCAACAACUCGUAUCUUCCAAUCGAAUUUGCAUCUUCCCAUGAAUUCACCCCCAAUCCCACCUCUUUUUAAGCCUCAACUGGAAGUCCAUAGUUAUAGUAGAAUUGUAAAUCUUCUUUCCCUGUCUCCCUGCACUUUGUGUGUUCUUAGCUGGUAUUCAAAUUUCAAAUAUGUUACGUCCAUAGUCACUAGUGUCCACUGUACUUACCAUAGAUACUUAAGCGUGCUGCGUGUCCCAUUCGCCGAUUGUCGUCUUCCAGUAAUUUAUGCUUUUAUUUCUCGUAGGACUUUUUCAAAUUAGCAACAAAAUUUUAAACAUUAUUUUAGCAGCAAAUUUUUGUACUUUAGUAACUUAAUAAAAAAUAAACAAAAAACUUGAAA